AAUCAGGCUUUGAAAGAAAACAAUAAGCAACCAUUUCUUUCAAAGCAGGAAUAAAUAAGGCAAAGCAAGAAGAAUAAAAAGAUGGAGAACAAAGCCUCUACCAUCCUCUGCCUUGCCCUCCUCUUCAUUGUCUUCUCCUCUUCGGCCUCGGCCUUCGACAUCACAAAGCUGCUGGAGAAGCAGUCGGAGUUCAGCAACUUCAACACCUACCUCAAGGAGACCAAACUUGGCGAGCAGAUUAACAGCAGCAGCACCAUCACCGUCUUGGCCGUCGGCAACGGCGCCAUCUCCAGCCUCGCUGGCAAAUCCCAAGACGUGGUCAAGAAGAUCCUGAGCGCCCACGUGAUCCUGGACUAUUAUGAUGAGCAGAAGCUGACCAAGCUGGCCAAGUCAAGCAAAGUCACCACCCUCACCACCAUGUUCCAGUCCUCCGGCCAAGCUCAGAACCAGCAGGGCUUUAUCAACACCGGCAUUAUCAACGAAGGCGAGCUCGCUUUCGGGUCCGCCGCCAAAGGCAGCAAGCUCAACGCCAAGCUUGUUAAAUCCGUUGUUUCUCAGCCGUUCAAUAUUUCUGUUCUUCAAGUCUCUGAGCUGAUUGACAUCCCUGACAUUGCUGCCUCAAGCCCUGCUGGCUCUCCCAAGUCAUCUCCUUCCCCAUCCAAGGCUCCUUCUUCAUCGUCCGAUGACGAGGCCCCAAGCGCCUCGCCCAAGUCGUCCAAGUCCAAGGCACCUACAUCGUCCGAUGAGACGACAUCGUCGUCACCACCAGUGCCUGACGAGGCAGGAUCAAGCACUGCCCCUGCCCCUGCCCCUGCCCCAUCUGCUGCUUCUCGCGUUGAGAUGGCCGUUGGUGCCGGUGUGAUGAUCGGCUUGGCCUCACUUUUGGUUGCUUAAGUUUUUUUUUUUUUUUUUGGGGGUUUUUUCAAAAGAGGAGAUAUGAAUGUAUUAGGAACAGAAAAGAUCAAAUCUUGAAGGGUACAAUACAAACUUAAUGGUUUUUGUAGGGAAAUGUAUGUAAAAACAUAUACAUUCUUCUGACAACCAUUGUUUUGGAAUCAUUAGAGAUUACCCUUUAAGUGCAUUGUCACAAGCUAUUAAAUAUA